AUGCUGCGGUCCGUGGACCAAGCGUUCUCCUUUGGUGGCGAGUGUGGACAUCGGUUGAAUGUGUGGUCACUUUCUACCGGGGUUGUGACUUCGCAUCCUUAUCCGAUCGAUGUAAUGGGUGCCAGUGCCUUGUUAUGCCAGUACAAUCCACGCUACGUCAUAUUCAAUAGGGUCGAAAAGGCUUUCUCUCAGUCGACGAAGGCGAUGCACAAAAAAGAGCUGAUAUUCCAUCACGUUCCACGAGUUGGUCUGAGGUGA